AACACGAUUCCAAAAUCCAAAAUGAAAUCAGAAUCAUCACAACGCCGGUUUCUCUCUUUCCCGGCAGUCCACCCCUGCGAAGCCAUCUCUCCGGCGACCCUUCUCCGAUCUCUCAUCACCCUCGCCGGUGACAUCGAUGGCUUCCGCUCCGAGACCUUCACCUGCCACCGCCGCAGUGCGCGUGAAGCCAUCCGCCAGGUCGGCGCCAUCCUCGAGUUCUUGCAGGACAUCUCCUCCUCCUCCUCCUCCUCCUCUCUUUCCAAAUCCACUGUUCUGAGCUUCUCUGAGCUCCAUGUCACGCUUCAGAAGAUCAGGCUUCUUCUUGGUGAUUGCUCGAGCCGUGGCGCCAGACUCUGGCUCCUGGUGCGCUCCGACCGCGUAUCAGGCGAGUUCCGGCUUCUCAUCCGGUCAAUUGCGACGUCUCUUGAUGUUCUCCCGUUGGACUUCGUUGAUUCGUCACCGGAGAUAAAGGAACUGGUUCGGUUGAUCUCUUGGCAGGCUUGGAAGGUUCCGAUCGAGACUGACGCCGAUGAUGAGCGCGUCGCCGGUAUGGUUAGAUCGAUUAUGAAACAGUUCGAGCACGGGUAUGCUCCAGAUACGGAAAACGUCGAAGAGGUGAUGGAUCAUUUGAAGAUCAAGAACUGGGCGGAAUGCAACGAAGAGAUCUCUUUCUUGGAAUCAGAACUCUUCUCCUGCGAGGACUCCAUUGAUGCCGGAGUACUCAGUAGCUUGAUGGCAUUUAUGGUGUAUUGCCGAGCCGUUCUUUUUCAUUCCGAUUCCGAUUCCGAUUCCCGGUCCGGCAUUGCUAAUAGGAGGAGCAAACAGAGUACUAGAUUUCAAAAAGAUUCCUUGCUCAGCGAUAUCAAUCUGGAGGAUUUGAAAUGCCCGAUUUCUCUGGAGUUGAUGACUGAUCCUGUCACGCUCUCCACCGGCCAAACAUACAACCGUUCAUCAAUCAAGAGGUGGUUCGAUUCUGGUUGCCUCACUUGCCCGGUCACCGGCGAGAAGCUCACCAAUGCAAAUAUGAUGGUACCCAACUCCACUCUCCGGAAACUGGCGGAGCAGCUUUGCCGAGAAAACAACAUCCAAACCAAUGAAUUAAACAAUAACAAAAGAGAUCUCUCCAAGACAGUGAAGCCUGGCGGCUCUGCCGCCGCCAUAGUGAUGAGAAUGACUGCCUCGUACCUUGUCGACAUGAUCUGGACUUCUUCUAGUGAACAAGUUAAAGCUAAAGCUGCGUAUGAAAUCCGGUUGUUAACAAAAUCCAAUCUAUUUAAUCGAGAUUGCUUCGUGCAAUCCGGCGCAGUCCCUUGGCUACUGAAACUCUCUUCUUCAUCCAAUCCUUCAGCUCAAGAACACUCAGUGGCUGCACUUCUCAACAUCUCCAAAGUGGAGCUUGGCCGCAUUGCUAUCUUCGAGAAUGGUGGCCUGCUAUCAUUGCUCAGAGUAUUAACUCAUGGAAUCAAGGUUGAAGCUAGACAGAAUGCAGCUGCCAUCCUUUUCUACCUCUCUUCCAUUGAUGAGUACCGAAAAGUUAUUGGAGAAGCACCGGAAGCCAUUCCGGCAUUGGUUGAUCUUCUCAAACGAGGAACAUACAGAGGAAAAAAGAAUGCAGUUGUGACACUGUUUGGUCUUCUCAUUUUCCCCGGAAACCUCCCAAAAGUCAUUGCCGCCGGUGCCGUUCCAGCCCUCAUUAAUAUACUAUCAAUAGAAAAAGAAGACCUCAUUGAUGACACCACAGCUGUUCUAGCAAGGAUUGCAGAGAAACCAGAAGGAGCUAAAGUGAUACUGCGGUCCUCUGCUCUGCCAUCAGUAGUACAAGUUCUCCGAUCAUCAACUUCAAGGUCCGGCAAGGAGCAUUGCGUUGCAUUGUUGCUCUCUUUGUGCCACAAUGGUGGAACAAAGGUUGCAAGGCUUUUGGAUGAAUUCACUACACUAAUGCCAUCACUGUAUUCACUCCUCACUGAAGGUUCUCCCCACACUGCUAAGAAGGCAAGAGCUCUGCUCAACCAUUUGCAUCACUCCCAUGAAGAAAGCUGCCCGGCUGGUUCGGUUCCUCCACAGUAUCAACAAGAUCAGUGGUCUGUUUCUGCACAGUGACACAGAUACUGAUUUCUCCCACUCUUGCAUACAAAUUAGACAUUCUUUUUCAUUCAUCAGAGACAUUUUAGAAUUCUGAAGGUAUAUAUGUAUGACGUUCUAGCUCGAGUUUUAGAAAGAGCUGGAAAGGUUUCCUCGUGUACAGAGUUUGUAAGAAAUGUUUCUUUUUUCUGAAUUUUGUUAGCCAUGGGAAUAAUGAUCACUGUAUUCAUCGACUUUGUAUUAUGCAUGGAUUGAAUAAAAAGAGUACAUUACAAUUC